AGGGUAGGCUGCCACGGCCCGGACCCCCGCGCCCGCCGCUGGUUGGUUGGCUGCCUGCCUGCCUUCUCCCGCGGGGGGCGCCGCGCCGCGCCUCGCCUCGCCUCGCCGCGAUCUGGUCACCGCCCUCCUCGCUGCCGCGGGCGGAGCUCCAGACCGCGUGGCAGCCGCGCGGCGGCGGUGGCGGCGUGCGGCGGCGUGUUGGAAGUAGGAAGCCAUUGACGAUCUGCUACCGCGUGGGGAAACGGGAGGCGGGAGGGGCGGUGUCUUUACCGCCCGCGCGCGGGCAUUAACUCCGGGCUCUGGUACCUGGCCACCUUGGCAUGCGGAUAAGCACGACGCCAUGGGAGGACAUAGCUGACCUCGAGGAAGGUACUUGAGGAGGAAGCCUCUCCGAUUCCGCUAUACUCGCUUGCGGAUUUGGGGUCUCCGGCGUCUGAUCUGCCGCUUGAUGCAAGAACCUCGCGUUCCCCAGCGGUGAAGGAGGAAGCUGGGCGGCGAGAUGGAGCGGGCCGGCGAGAAGAGGCAUUUCUUCCCGCUCACCAGCUUGCAAAUCGGGAAUUGCCACAAAACGGGAAAUGGGUAGUUUUAUUCGCAUCUAUAGAUGUUUCGGGAGGUACACUUGCGUGGUCGCCACUCGCCAUAUGGAAAGGAAACCCACUGUUGGAAAUAUUGCUAGUUGAAGCGACAGGUGGGAUUUACAGUCGUAUCUUGCAGAACUGACAAUAUUUCUGUGCCCUCAUACCAAGAAGUUCCUUAUAUUGCUUGACAACCGCCCAUGGUUGCUAGAUCAGGAUACAAAACCUGCUCAUCUAUGGCAAUUGAUGGUUACUAAGUCAAGGUUUUCCCCUUUCGCCAACUCUAGGACUAGGAGAAAGAGAGAUGAAACUGAUGGGAAGCUUGUAUUCUCAACAAGCUCGGUAUCUGCUGCCCAUUUACAGAAUAAAUCUUCCAGGUGGUAUUCCUUGAUCGAUGAGGCUAUGCGGGAAAAGAAGCUUCAAGUAAAUAAGUUGAAGGAUGCCCGCAUACUGAACAGGGAGCUUCAUCAGACUUUAUAUGGUUUUAUCAUUUUUGAGGUAGAUUGGGCUGAUGUGCGUGGCAUCAAUUAUUUGAAUGAACUUCAGACGGAUACAUCAAUGGUUGUGGAGUCUAAAAUAAUGAAGAGAUGGGAAUUUGAUAGUGUUAAUCAAGCUUCAACAUUGAUCACUUCUUGGUUCUCAGGAAAUCCCUCUGAAUGUCAGCUACUACAGGACUAUUUGAACAGCAUCUCUUCUAAUGGUGGUAUAUUUUAUGAUGCUCAGAAUGAUUUCUUAACACCUGAAUGGGACAGUGAGAAUUUACCAAGUGACAGUGAUGAUUCUAGCCAUGUUCAAAUCAUUAGAGAGUCAUCAGGUUUCACAGACUCAUCUUACACUGCACCUCCUUCCUCUGGACCUUACAAGAGAAGAAAAAUAACAAAAUCAGAUGAUGGAAGUAGUUCGACUGAAGAAUCAUACACAGAAAUUGUGGCCUCGCCAACACAUUUGUCAUCUUCAUGUUCAUCGUGUGACAGUGAUAAUGAGAAUGUUAAGCCGCUAUUGGAGCCUAGCACAUAUAAGGAUGUACUGAUCUGCUUCCGCUUUGAUGAUCAUGACCUUCCAUUCAGACUGAAAGAAGUCAUACUAUCUGAUGUCAGACUGUUAACACUACUUGAAUAUGGCCUUCCUUCAUGGGUUAUAUUUCUUCAGUCAUAUCCAGUGUUUUGCAAGAUAUAUCGCCCAUGGAUGUGCCCUCUUGCCAGAGCAUUGUAUGUCUUGAUGUCAUUAAUCACUGUUCUUAUAGGAUUUUAUGACCUCUACAAGAAUGUGCCCAUGUUGAAGGCAACUGCCUCAAGAUUAUUUGGCCCUUUCUUUGAUUGGAUAGAAACGUGGGAAAUGAUAUCAAGACUUAAGUAUCUUGGAACUAUGCUUUUCCUGCAUAACUUUCAGCAGGCUUUUACAUGGUCUCUUAAGAUUGUGGGUGCUGCUAAGUCUGUUCUUAGUGUUUUGACAAAGCCAAUUGCGGGACCAAUUGUGGAGGUUUUGGAACUUACCAUGCCAAUGUGGAACCUUUGUGCUGAGACAGCAGGACAUCUGAGUUCAGUUGUCAUGGUAGCACUGGAGACGUCUUGGAGUGUAGUUAUCGGUACAGUGGAGAUGAUUAUCUGGCCAUUUUGGUUUGUCUUCAGUACUAUGAUUAGCGUUGUAAAUUCAAUUCUGUACCCAAUCAUUUGGCUACUUGGAGAGAUACUAGCUGCACCUUUCCGACUAGUCAUUGGGCUAUCAAGUUUUGCUGUGGACCUUUUUGUUGAUAUUGUCAGUGUUCUAAGGGAGAGCUGGUCAACACUAACUGCCUUAUAUCAAGUUGGAUCUGUUCCCAGCUCACCUUUGCUUACAUCUGAUAAUAGCAUCUGGGGCUCACUCUGGAAAGAUCUUCUGUAUCAGAUUUUCCGAGCACUACGGAGCAUUUUGUAUGGUUUUAUUGCCUUCUUUUCAACAUGUAAUAGGCACCGGCUCAGCAUUUACAAUCACAUUCAAGUGUUUCUCCGGCGCAUAUCUCAUGCCUCACCUGGUGCACGGUAUACCGCUUACCGUGAUGGGACUCGGAAGUAUAGCAGCCAGAAUCAUCAUAGAAGGAAAGCCAAGACAAGAUAACAGUGCAGUUGGCAGGUUACUGAGCAAUUAACAAGCUAACUCAGCGCAAAUCCAGCUCAAAUGGCAAGAAACAAAACAAUGUAAGCCGAACAAAAUAUGGAGAUUGAACAAUCAAUAACAAGAGUUGAUUGGGGGCCUUCGGAAAACAUAAAAACCAAGGAAGAGUCUAGUGGAGUUGUACAUUGACGCUGAAAGUUCCGUUACAUAGCUCUAACCAGUAACCAGCAGUUUCCUUGUGUACCAAGUACCUGGCAAGCAGUGAAGCAAAACCUGCAACUGUACAUACGCGGAUCUUCUAGCUGCUGUUUUUUUUUUUGUAAAAUAAUAGUUAGCUUGUAUAGUAGGCCUGUGCAUAUCCGCAUGUAAUGUUCCCUCUGGACAGCAGUUUUGCAAUGCAUGUCUCGAGUAUUCAGUGUUCAGUUUUC